UCCGUGCAGUGACAGCUCAGUCAGCGGCUGAGCUCCUCGGCCGUGCAGGAUGAGCGAGAGUGAACUUCUUCCACCGCGACGUGCUCUGACAGAGUGUGUGUCUGUGUGUGAGGGUGAUUUUAAAAGUGUGUGUGUGUAGAUGUGCAUAAGGGGAGCAUACAUGUACCGGCAGCACGAUGUCUCUGAACCGAGUGUCUCAACUCUGCCACGAUAUCACCCGGCUGUGGCUGCAGCUGAAGAUGAUGACAGAUGACAUCGUGCACAGGGAGGAUCCUCCUCUGUUUGCAGCAGAAAUCGGCUCCGAGCUGCAGAAACAGUUUGCCAUCCUGCCAGGCGGCCGCGGGAUGAACGGCAGCCCCGUCAUGGUCUUCCCAGAGUUCCCAGCUUUCAGCGAGCUGGAGGAGGAGGAGAUGCAGAAGGUCUUCAGCUACCUCACUCGUGUCCCCAGCGUUGCAGCCUCAGGAGAGGGUUUCAUCCUGGUCAUCGACAGACGACUGGACCGAUGGGCUGCUGUCAGGGCUACCCUGCUCCGCAUCGCUGGUUCAUUUCCAGGGAACUUACACUUGGUUCUGGUGUUGCGUCCCAAUACUUUGUUCCAGCGGACUCUGUCAGACUUCUUGUUCAAGUUCAACAAGGAUGAGUUCAAGAUGAAGGUGGUGAUGCUGAGUUCAGUGACUGAGCUCCAUGCUUAUAUCGACCCGGGACAACUGACCACAGAGUUUGGAGGCACGCAGGAGUACUGCCAUGAGAGCUGGAUCUCACAUCGCACUGCAAUCGAAGCGUUCGCCCUCAUGGUGAAGACGACGGCUCAGACCCUGCAGGCGUUCGGCACGGAGCUCGCAGAGACAGAAUUACCGAACGACGCCGAGGCCACCACCAACCUGCUGCACACACACACGCUGAAGAAGGACACGAUGAAGGAGGACCUGCAGGUGGCGCUGUCUCAAGGGGGACGCCUGUUGGAGUGCAUAAAUGAGCCUCUGCAGACAGAACCUGAGUACAGCAUGACCUACGAUGAACUGGAAAACUUAGCGACUGUACAGAGACUUCUGGGCCAGCUGGACGAAACAGAGACGGCGUUUGACGACUUCUGGGAGCGCCACCGCACCAAGCUGGAGCAGUGUUUACAGCUCCGACAUUUUGAGCAGCACUUCCGUGAAGUGCGAGGCCAGCUUGACGCAACAUCAGAGCGUUUGUCCGGCUUCUCAGAGGUCAGCGUUACCGCGCACGCCGAGCAUGUCCUCCGAGAGCUCAGCGGCCAUGAGAGCAAAGCCUGUGACAUACUCGACUGCGCCCUGUCGCUGGCCAGUGAGGGCGACCUCCUGAUAGAAAACUCCCACUACGCCGAGGACUCCAUCAGGCCGAAGUGCAGCGAGCUGAGAGGAGUGUGUGAGGAGAUCGGCUCCACUCUGAGGAGCAAGAAGAACCUCCUGCUCAGAGCCAUGGAGCUCCACCAAGCUCUGGAGAAGGCGUCUCGGUGGUGUGAGGAGGGGAUCUUCCUGUUGGCGAGCCAGCCGGUUGACCGCUGUCAGUCUCAGGACGGAGCUGAAGCAGCUCUGCAGGAGCUGGAGCGAUACCUGGACACGGCUGCACUGCACACGCUCGCUGACUGCAGCGCCAUCUGCUGCCAGUACGAGCAAGUGCUCACUCCUCAGCUCAGGGACCAGGUGGAGAGAGUUUUCCAGAAGCAAACCUCCGUCCAGGAGAUGUUCGAGAAGAGACGCAUCAGUCUGAAGAAACUCGCCGCCAAACAGACCAGACCAGUCCAGCCAGUGGCCCCCAGACCUGAAGUCAAGUCUCCUCUCUCCUCUCCCAAUCAACAGAGAAAAGAGAGAAGAUACUCUGCAGAUAAUGUCAUCUGCAAAAAGGCGGAGUCUCCCGUGGUUAACGGCGGCACCAGACAUGCGUCCCUCUCAGAAGAAGAAGAGAAUCUGGCUGUGCUUCGUCGCCACGUGAUGAAUGAGCUGCUGGAGACGGAGAGGGCGUACGUGGAGGAGCUGCUGUGUGUGCUGGAGGGCUAUGCAGCAGAGAUGGACAACCCGGCCAUGGCGCCCCUCAUCCCAAACACGCUGCUCAGCAAGAAGGACGUCCUGUUUGGAAACAUGUCUGAAAUCCACCAGUUUCACAAGAGGACGUUUCUGAAGGAGUUGGAAGCGUACACCGACUGCCCAGAACUGGUGGGCCGCUGCUUUUUAGAGAGGAUGAAGGACCUGCAGAUCUACGAGGCGUACUGUCAGAACAAACCUCGCUCUGAGAGCCUGUGGAGACAAUGCUCCGACUGUGCCUUCUUCCAGGAGUGCCAGAAGAAGCUGGAACAUAAACUUGGUUUGGACUCCUACCUCCUCAAACCCGUCCAGAGAAUCACCAAGUACCAGCUCCUGCUCAAGGAGAUGUUGAAGUACAGUAAGGGCUGUGACGGCAGCGACCACCUGCAGGAAGCUCUCUCGUCCAUCCUCGGGAUCCUGAAAGCUGUUAAUGACUCCAUGCACCUCAUCGCCAUCACAGGAUACGAGGGUAACCUAUCAGAGCUCGGUCGCCUGCUGAUGCAGGGCUCCUUCAGCGUGUGGACGGAGCAUAAGAAAGGGCACGCCAAGGUGAAGGACCUGGCUCGGUUUAAGCCCAUGCAGAGGCACCUGUUCCUGCACCAGAAGGCCCUGCUCUUCUGCAAGAGGAGGGAGGAGAACGGGGAGGGAUACGAGAAAGCUCCGUCGUACAGCUUCAAACACUCGCUCAGUAUGAGCGCGGUGGGUUUUACAGAGAACGCGAAAGGGGACAACAAGAAGUUUGAGAUUUGGUGCAACUCCAGGGAUGAAGUUUUUAUAGUGCAGGCUCCGACGCCAGAGAUUAAAACAACGUGGGUGAACGAGAUCCGGAAAGUUCUGACGCAGCAGCUCAAAGCCUGCAGAGAUGCCAGUCAGCAGAAGAUCUCAGACUCUGUCUCUCCAAGUCCCACCAGCAACAACACCUCCAUCUCCCUCAGUCCCUUUCGUAGCAACGGUCAGAAAAACCAGAAGAAGCAGGAGGAGAAGAAGGCAGAGCCGAGCACAAUAUCAGAAGUCAACUCAUCGCCCAAACACAGAGAUGAACCGGUGACCAGCCCGACCACCGACAGGUCCUCAGUGGCUAAAAAGCGUUUUACUUUGCAGGGCUUCAGCAAUCUCAAGAGUCCCAAAGGCUCCACCCUGAGCCCCGAGCACGCCUCCAAACGCCACUUGGUCAAGAGUGACCCCACCCCGUUUGGGUUCAAAGGCUGGAACAAGGCGUCUCUCUCUGUGGACGCCUCAGAGGAGAACGAUGGGUACUCGAGCAGUGAGGACCCCAUCACGUCCGAGCCCGAGGACGACGUGGGGAAGAAACUGGCUCCGGGGAAGUACACGGUGGUGGCGGACUGUGAGAAGGCGGGACCUCAGGAGCUGUCCGUCAAGAGUGGAGACAUGGUGCAGCUAAUCAGAGAAGGAGAGGAGGGACAGUGGUUUGUGAAGAACCUCCGCACCAGUAAGGAGGGCUGGGUGGCAGCAGCAAACCUCCUCAGCCUCAUCUCAGAGUCCAAGUCGUCGCAGUCGCUCAGCAGCUCAGAUGGGAGCGUCUCUGGUAACAUCAGCACUUCUUCCAGCUGCAGUGAGACUUACACCAGCUACUCCGACAUCAAACCCUGACACCUCCAUCCCUCCCUCGACUGAAAAUAAAACAAACAUUUUCCCCCCCGUGGAUUUACAAACCCAGAGAGCUGACCCUGACAGGAGCAGGAGGACGGGGAUCAUCACAUCCACCUUACAGUUUGUCAGAGUCAAGCAGAAAAACCAAAGCUGCCCUCAUAUCUGUGAAUGUUCCCAGUGUUUUAGUUUAGACUGAAUCCUCUUAUCACCUCCAAUGUCCCUCUGCAGCGUUACUCUCCCUUCUCGUUCAAACCAUUUCCUGUACUUCACAUAUUUUGGGAUCUUAAUUUUAAAACUUAAUUUUUGUACUUGUCAUUUAGAUCCCAACACAUGUAAAACAACAGGUUUAAAAAUAACACUCUUUAAAUCUACGUUAGGUAUUUUUUCUGUUCAUUCCAGUGACAGAAAAUUCAGAUUCUUUAAAUACCAAUGAAUACUACUUCCUCAACGAGCACGUUUAAGUCAUCCGCCGUGUUUCCUCCUGUCAGGCCCUCCUCACGCCACAGAGAAGCUUCAAUAACCCCUCGGAUCAUGUAGCAUUAAAUCAGACAGAUUGAAAGAGGAUCUGCAUUAAAAAAAAAAAAAGCGAGCUGUCAGCAGCUUAAAAAACUGUUCAAACCUCAACCUUCUUGAACCUUACAAGUGGACAACAUCUCGGCAAAGCAGCAGGUUGUUGUGUGAAACAUCCUCUUAUUGGCUCUCGUCACUCACACACUGAAAAGUGGCAGCUGGCUGCAAAAAGAAAAAUACUUCAGAGUGGUGUCAGUGGAUUUAAUGCGUCAGUGUUCAUCCCAUUCAUGAUAGUUAAUUAGCCCCUCCUUUCAGCUUGGUGUGCUGGUGUUACCUGAACAUACACUCCACGAGAACGGCAGCUUGGAACAACUUCUAAACCUCCUUUUGUUUUCGCUUAGUGAUUUAGCAACUGGUCUCUGAUUUGCUCUGGAGUCACCUCAAGCCCAAGAAGUCGUGUGGGCAGGCAGGUGUGACUGCAUGCCUGCGUGUGUCACCUGAAAUGUCUUUGUGUGUGCGCAUUCUUGUGUGUGUGUGUGUGUGUGUGUGUGUGCUGCCGAAGUAACCGAGCAAGAUUAUGUCCCUGAAGAGCCCGACCAAUAUUUUUGUUUUACGAUACAGCUCAACCAGCCACCUAAACGUAGGAAAAAUGUAAACAACAAAUUCCGUUACCUGUCGGCCUCUAACUGCACAUCUUUUCCAACUGUAUUAAAGUAAAACACACUUAAUUUAUUUUCACAUCAGACAGAAAAAAAAGCAGCAAAUAGACAAAUUUUAGAGCCUUAAAGAAGGUAAGAACUGCUGCUGUGCUUACACCAUAAAAAAACAAACAAAGGUGGAGGAUUAGAGCCUGAGUGAUAUUUAUCUUGUAGCCCAUCACAGGAAUAUAAGCAUCAUCAUGAGUGCAUCCUCGCUCGAUUUUAUACAAUCAUGGCAGCACUUUCUGCAGCUCAUGUAGUGUGGUGUUUAAUUCUGCAGCACCUUUUGCAUCGUCAUACUGCUGCACAGUCCAAAUGCGAAGAUAUUCCACUUCAUUUUAAAUUGAUGCAUUUCUGCCCUCUGUAUCCAUGUGAGUCAGGCUCUUAUCUCUUAGAAGUUACACUGAAGCUAAAAGUUCAUUCUCAUAAAUGUGCAUGCUGGAUUUCUUUUCGAAAAAGGUCAAGUUUAUUGCUGACAUGCCUCUGCGCCCCGAAGACAAACGCACAUAAAUCCAAACCUCUGCAUCGUGAUCAAGUUUUAUGUGACGGCCUCUCCCCUCACCUGUCUUUGCUCUGCGCUGCAGCAACAAAGGCCGUCUUUGUCCUCUCCCUGCGCUCCCAGCCCCGCUCAGGCAUGUGACAGUAUCUCCACCUCUCUCUCUCUGAGCUAACCGGGCCCUGUCAGACCUUCAAGACAUGUUUGCAGUGCACCACCAGCCUGAGAACAAUAUUUGCUACUUGACACCUCAAUGUAGCCGAGUAAUCUUCACGGUGGAAGGAAGCUCGAUAGCUGUGUUGUAAAAAAGAGGAUGUUUAUAUAGUUUGAUAACACAACCAGCUGCUGUGACUCUCUUCUUUAUACACACAACUUGUGCUGUUCGGAUCACUGAAUGACACCUUUUUAUUACAUGUUUUUUCCACAGUAAACAUGUUUUUAUACCACAAAAUUUCUACUGAAUCCAGAAGGCCGCUGUAAAACAGUCUCCUCCUUUUUCCAUCUUAAAUGUUGAAUGUUUGACUCUGUUAUGAACUCAGCCCCACCUGUGUAUUCCUUGGUUCAGAUUGUAUUCGUCCACUGGAUUUACAAACUAAGUCGAGCUGUGGUUUUGGCCUCUUUGCUGAUGUAAAACCAGGGUUUUAAUCGAAUGUGGGUGUCCCUGUGGAAGGAGAGCGUUGUAGAAAAAAUAAGAAACUACUUAACGGGCCUCUUGGUGUCAAACUGUGGCUGGUAUUAUGUGUCGUAAAAUCUGUAAGAAUGAGAAAUGUGUGUUAUCUUUGUACAGAUCUUAUACCUCACAUUGUUUUCCUCCAGCGCAUGUAUAUUGUGAAGAGGAUUAUGGGGUUUUUGUGAGUCUUCUUGUCUCUCUGUACAUCUGCAUGUUCUUCAAAGAUAUCAUUUAAAACUCUCACGUUAUCGCCCCUGAAUGAGAUAAGUAUUUUUUACCAGGCACUGUUGUAAUGUGUGAGAGUUUAUUUUUUUUGCCCUCUUGUAAAAGCUGACACGGGCACUAAACUUGUCAGUGUUUUGUCACGAUCACAUAAUAUUGAAUUAUUUGUAUUUUCGACUUGAAAGGCCGGAGAAAUGAGAAGGGUUACUAUAUUUUUUAGUUUCUUUUUAUGCAGCACAUUGCAGCAACCACUGUCUUUAUUUUCCUAUUGUAUCUACUGAGUAUGGUGUUGAUAUAAAUAUAUUAUAAUGAGACAUAUCAGUGUAUAUUUGUACAUAUGUAAUUCUGAAUUGUAUGUAAAAUAAAAUGCAGCUUUAAUAAAGUCUGAGACAGUUUCCUCUAUA